GACAUUGCGACAAUGUAAGAAUACAAAUUGCGCUAAAUGCGUGUCGCGAUGAAUUUUGAUGUUUUUCCACUACCAGCAUAUUCUGCGUUUGAAAUAAUGCCUGCCUGGACCAUCAUCUCGCCACGCGAGAGAGACUAUGGUCAUCCCUUGCGCCCCAAGAUAUUCAGGAUCAUGAAAACUAUCUACCACAUGCUACACCCGUCCCAUGAGCCCUCCAUGAUUAAUGAAGCAAAACAUAUCGCAACCCUUGGAUAUGCAGUCUCACAAGAAAAGCCAGGACCGCCCAUCCUAUCAAGUGUCGUCAUCCAUUUCCGUCUCUCCACAGAGUCUGUCACGCGCUUUGCUAUCCUACUCCAUGACAUGCAGAUCGAAGACAAGGUGCACGAUGUGCGCAUCCCCAUUCCCGACGAACUUAAGUCUGACAUGAUGGAUGUCUAUGAUUUCGUUUCUGCGAGGUCGCAGAAAGUGGUCAUCUCUUCUCAUGACUCGGACAAUUGGGCGGAGUGUAAGCUUGCACGUAAGGUAUCGAAGCAGCUGCAAGUGCAGAAAUACCACGAACGCCUUCUACAACAGGAGGGUGAUGGUGCCGUAGACAUCAUCGGUCUACGAUCAGACUCUUCGCGUUGUUCCAUAUGUGAUUCCAAUCUUAUCCACUGCAACAACUGUCAGGUUGCAUCGUGCGAGUCGCAUGACUGCCGUGGAUCUUCUGAUCCCCCUUUCGCGCAGUGCGUCAGACACCAAAUGCAGGUACUAUGUUUUCCAUGCCUCCAGGCGCAGGGGUGCGACCUAGAAAAGUGUCCUGGGUGCAAUUCUUGGUGCUGCGCGAGGGAUAUCUCCUCGUGCACCGGUCAUCCAGUCAGUAUCCCGCACAUGCGUCGCGUACCCGGCGACAAGCUCAUGUCUUUUGGCCUACUCGACGCAUACUCCGAAUCUGCACGCGCUCAUCCUCCCAAGCGCGGUUCCUGCAUGGAAUGCAAGCUACCCGGCUGGCGGAGCUGCCAAAACAAGCUAUGUUGGUCCCAAUCAAUCUGUCAAGAGUGCACAAGUGGUGGUAUCACGUGUCCGUGCGGGGAGGUAUGGGCAUGCGACCUCUGCACUGAGCACGAUCCUAGCGUCUUCAUCCGCUGUCCCCGCUGUGACCGACCGUUCUGCUACAAUUGCUCCUACAUUGACGAAUGCUGCCGGUGCCAGAGCUCGGAGCUCUGCCAUGACUGCGCCGAAGAGGCUUCCGAAACGGACACUAGGAAGCUGAAGGUUUUGCCUGCUAAACUUGUUGUGUCGUGCGGGAGUUGCGAAUUGAAGGUGUGCGAUCGCUGUGAGUCGCAUAUGGUGUUUUCGUGCGCGGUGUGCUCGAGUCGACUUUGCACGCCGUGUGUGGACGCUACUGUAUGCUCAUGUAGUCGUGUGCUGUGUGAUGGGUGUGUUGCGGAUCAUGGGUGUAGCGUGUGCUCCCAGAGGCAUAGGGACGAUGAUGAUGAAUCUGAGGGUCUUUAACGUAUACCCUAUCCAACGCUUUGGCUUCGUAUGUAUUGACAUGGCAGUGGAUUCGCUCCUAUAUGUAUAUAGAGUGCGCAGCUCACUAUCAAGUGAAAGCCUGUUGAUGUUUUCUGAUGGGUAAUUGGGUUAUCUAAUGACCCGCUUUCUGCAAC